GGUAUCUCUAUCCUUACAAAGCUGCAAUUCUUGAUGCAGUGGAGUCAGUAAUUGUUACAGUAAAUUUUAGACUUGCCACAUUUCACUAAACUUUCACCUCUUCCAGGUGAAGCAUCUCACUCGUGAUUGGCAAACCACUGCCUUUGCUUUGAAGCAUUCAGAGCUACUAGAACUGAAUGAAGAAGGAAGAAAGGUGAGAAGAAAGACUGCUGUUCCAGUGUUUCCUAGUGAAAACCUUCCCAGUCGGAUGCUGUUGAUAUAUGAUUUACACGUGUGUCCGGAAUUGCAAUUCUUAAACCAAAAUCACAAAUCUGAAAAUGGAGGAUUACAAGAGAAGGUAAUAGAGUACAUGUUAAAAGUAUUUGGCUUGUUUGGUACAAUUUCUUCUGUUCGAGUUCUAAAACCUGGAAAGGAACUUCCUGCAGAUGUGAAGAGAUUAAGUAAUCGGUAUUCCCAGUUGGGUGUGAAAGAGUGUGUAAUUAUAGAGUUUGAAGAUCUUGAAUCUGCAAUCAAAGCACAUGAGACGCUUGGAAAAACUGACGAGGGCAUGAAAGUGGUGCUGAUAGGGAUGAAGCCGCCAAAGAAGAAAGGUGUCAAAGAGAAGACCAAAGAACCUGAAGAUGUUUAUAAGAAUGUGUCAAAAAGCAAAUCUGCCAAUAGGCGAGUUGAGGAGCUGCAGUAUAUGGGUGAAGAUUCCUCUACAUACAGCUCAUCUGAAGCUGAAAGCAACCCUGCAUCACCCAUGCUGAGCCGUAAGCUUAAACCCAAUAACCAGCUGAGCCCUAACUUGUAUCAAAAUCACCUGAGCCCUAAUACUUCACCUCGAUCUAGUCCAUGGAAUAGUCCACGUUCAAGUCCUUCAAUACAUCGUAAAAACACCAUUCCCUGUAAAUCUACAGUUGCUGGAGACGCAAAACUCAGUGUUACAACUUCUGAAAUUGGAAGUAAGUGGACUGACUAUUCAUCUGACAGUAGCAAUACACCAUCAGGCAGUCCAUGGGUACAGAGAAGAAAGCAAGCACAUGCAUUAUCACAUGAGAACAGCCCUGUAGACAGCCUUACGCUUUCCCCAAAAACACACCAUGCAGGUGGACUGCCACGAGGAGUAAUGCGUUUGCCUCGAGGGCCAGAUGGUACAAAAGGAUUCCAAACUCAUGCUGAAAGGAAUAAGCCCCUUGUAAUCUGAUGUGCUGUUUUGUUUCUGUUCCAUAAGAUACAUCUUCCUCUCCUUUUUUUAAGAAUAACUGAGAUAUGUAUGUUAUUAUUGGAAAAGUUAUAUGUAUGAAAUAUAUAUGAAAUGGGAUCCCAGUGAAGCAGUUUCCUAAGUGUUUAAGUUAAGUUUUGUAACUUCUGCAGUGGGGGUAAACUGCAAUGAUGUUAUUUUCCAGUUAUUUGAGAAAGUAAUCUACAUUUUUUUUUUAAGAACUUAGGCAGCUGCCACUUUCAGAACAAAAGCUUAAGUUGAGAUGAAACACUAGGAGGAAGUAUUAUACCCUGUGACUUACAGCACAAAUUAAGAGCCACCAAUAAGUUGCUUAACCUGACAUGAGAAAGUAAGCUGAUUGUUGCAAAAUCUGAGCUGUACUUGGAAUUAAUAAGUAUGGAAAAGUAUGCAUAGCAGUCACAUUUGGACAAAUCAAGUUGUGUAUUACUGUUAAAAAUAAAAGUAGAUUAAGCAGUUUAUUUUAUGCCUGCUUAAUUUGUUAUGAAAUUUUUCUUUUCCCCUCAUCCCCUUAGCAGUACUCCAAUCUUGUCUGAAUUCCAUGGCAUUGUUUCUCCCUACUUUAAGCCAAGGGUUUUGACCUGAAUUUAGAGUGGCAGCAGCUACUAUUUACUUAUGCUUGUUAACAUUAUCAAAAACUAAAGUUUGCACUGAAAUAAAAGGUGCUUAUGCAAGUAUGGUAAAUCAGGAAUCAACAUUAAAGCUUUAGCAGACUCUACACUAAUAUCUAUCUUGUGUUGAUAGUGCAGUGAAAGGCCUAACUUGCAUUCAGUCCCAAUCUUCACUUUAAUAACCAGGGAACAAGAGUUGAGGAGAUAAUGGGAACUGCAGAUGCUGGAGAAUCCAAGAUAAUAGUGUGAAGCUGGAUGAACACAGCAGGCCAAGCA